CGGGGACGUGCGGAGCUGCCGCGGGGCUGCCGCGCAGCGGGAGCGGGAAACGAGGCAGCGGCAGGUAGGUGAAUGGAUCUUCAAAAGCAGAGUUGCUAAAACUGACAGAGAAUGGCUUAUAGAAGAGAUGAAAUGUGGUCGGAAGGGCGAUACGACUAUGAAAGAGUUCCAAGAGAACGUCUCCCUCCAAGGAUUCAUGGUGAUGGUGAUUACCACAGAAUAGUAAACAUUGUGCCCAAGAAGCCAGGCCUGCUGGAGAGACCUGGGGACGGGAGCUACAGUCGCUACGACGAUUACGGUCACGCCGAGUACAGAGACUACAACGCGGGCCGCAGCUUCGCCCACGACCGAAGGAGUGGCCCUCCGCACCGAGGUGUACGUAAGGAUGAAUCAGGAUACAGAUGGUCAAGGGAUGAUCACUCUACAAGACCUGAAUACAGGGACGUCAGAGAUGGCUUCAGAAGAAGAAGCUUCUAUUCUCAUUAUGGGAGAGAUCGAUCCCCUCACAAGAGGGACUCUCCUUUCUUCAGGGAAUCGCCGGGGAGCCGGAGGGAUUCUCCGCACAGCAGAUCCGGCUCCAGUGUCAGCAGCAGGAGCUACUCUCCUGAAAGAAGCAAAGCCUAUCCUUUCCACCAGCACAGCAGAAAUAUGUCAUCUUUACAUAAAAGAAAUGUUUCUUCUCAGCAAGGUAAAGAGAGGACAGUUCAGUCACUGAAAACAUCAAGAGAUGCAUCACCUUCAGGGUCCACAGCAGUACCUCCAUCAAAGGCCUUGGAGAAGAGCAACAGACUAUCAGAAAAGGAACUUGCAGAAGCUGCAAGCAAGUGGGCAGCUGAAAAGGCAGCAGAGAAGGCUGAGGAAAGCAAUUUACCUGAAAUAACAGAGUAUGAUGCUGGAUCUUCAGCUCCAUUAUACAUUGAGCAAACAGAGGAAACAGAGGCAAAUCUAACAGACAGUACAGAAUUAUACGAGGACAGCCAGCUUCUAGGUCGUUCAAAAGCAAUUGCAACUAAGACAAAGGAGAUUGAACAGGUCUACAGACAAGACUGUGAAACCUUUGGCAUGGUAGUGAAGAUGCUAAUUGAUAAAGAUCCAUCUUUAGAGAAGUCCAUUCAGUUUGCCCUGAGGCAGAAUUUGCAUGAGAUAGGUGAGCGAUGCAUUGAAGAACUCAAACAUUUCAUUGCUCAGUACGAUGCUGCCAACCAAGAUGUGUCAGAGCCCUUCAAAGAGGGCUCAUACUAAGGACAAAAAUAUGCUUUUAGAUCCUCUGCAUUGUGUCUGCCAUAGUACAUAAAUCUGCUUUUUGUGGGGAAAGAGGAACUUUUGUUUGAGGUUUGAACACAAGGCCUGUGCUCCUUUCCAGUAGCUCAGGUGGCUGUUCCUUUGUCCACUGUGGUCUCCACAAAUGUAUUCAUCCUACCUGUUCUUGUUGACGUAUAUUCCUUUGAAAGGAUGUUCUUUUCAAAAAUGCUGUAAAGCAACGAACUGGUUUUGAAACCUUACACAGUUACCUUAGAAAAAAUGAUCAGUCUGAUGUCUGUACACUUACAUUUUGAUGCUUACAAGUGUAAUUGAAGCAUUGUAUUUUUUAUUAAAAUUACAUGAAGCUGCUCUCAUUCCUCAAGUUAUGCACAAAUACGUCUUGUUAUCAUACAUGCUAUAGGAAGGGAAAACUUGCAAAAUUGGUCACAAUUAUGAUUUAAAUUAUUUAGCCUGGUUUAAUUUAAAAAAUCAGCUGAAUUCUGUAAAAUUACACUAGGAUUUAUCUCUCAUCUCUGACUGCCAGAGUAAUUAACUACUUGAUGUAAAAAGUGCUGUAUUUUUGUUCUAAUUGCAGGUUCUACAAAAUGCCUUUUAAAUUUUGGUGUUUUCCAUAUCAUGACUCACUACUAGUAAGCAGCAUUAUGUAGGAUGGAUUCCAUUUUUUGUUACUGUUUGCUCUGUUUUUAACUACACUGUACAGAAUGUAGCUAUGGGCAGGCACUGAGCAGGGAAAGGUCACUUUUCCUACUCUGUUGCUCUCCCCACUUACAACUUCUCAAGCCUUUUCAUCCAUCAGUUUUAACAAUAAGGAGGCUGUGUGUAAUCUUUAUUUCCAGCUUUAAGAAGGAGCAGGAUUUGGAGUGUCAAGGAUGGACAAGGAAAGUGAGCAGGACCAUCUCUUCAGUAAAGCCAGGUGUCUUGGUUUGAAAAGACAGGUGUCUGCUAAGAAGGCAGGAGCCUCUCUUGAAAUGGAAAAUGUAAACCCCCCUUCUCUGAAUUAUUAUAAUUUUGAAAUUAAGGGGCUUUCAGGCAAAGAUAUGGGAAUAGGAAUAACAGUUCUUUACUAGGAAAAUUAAAAUAAAAAUGCACAGAUACAAAACAACACCAACAGCGUCAGAAUACAACCUUACACCCUGUUGGUCAGUGUGUUGGUAGCAGUCUGAUUAAAUGGUGGC